AUGCAAAGCAUACCGCAAAUAAGUUACGCCUCUACCAGCACAGAACUCUCGGACAAAAGCCGGUUCGAGUACUUUAGCAGGGUGGUGCCGCCGGAUAAUUUUCAGGCGCAGGCGAUCGUUGAGGUGAUCCAUCUGCUUGGAUGGAAGUACGUUUCCACGGUCGCUGUAGAAGGCGAGUACGGUGAGAAGGGCAUCGCCAGUUUCAUUGCCCUCUCGUUGGAGUACAACAUCUGUGUCGCAGUCAGCGAGAAGAUCCUGAGAAACUCUAGGACCGAAGACUUUGAUAGAAUCAUCGAACGACUGAGCUCGAAGCACAACGCCAGGGGAGUCAUAAUAUUCGUCGACGAGGAUAACAUAAGGAAGCUGCUUCAGGCAACAGUAAGGGCCAAUCGCACGGGCCAUUUCAUGUGGGUGGGCAGCGAUUCGUGGGGCGCCAAAGUUCAUCCCGUCCGGGAUCAGGAGUUCGCGGCCGAAGGUGCUAUCACCAUUCUGCCCUAUAGGAACGCCCUCAAAGAAUUCGACAAGUACUAUAUGAGCUUACGGCCAAGAAUGGGCGACGAGUGCGGUGGGCAGACAGAGAACAAUAUUCCCCAUAAGUUCUUGAAGGGGAAGAUGGUAAACUGCCGGAAUAUCUGGUUUCGAGAGUUCUGGUCGCAGCAUCACAAGUGCACUUUCAGCGUGAACGCGUCGAGCGGCGUGACGCGCUGCACUGGCGAAGAAGACCUCGUCGAUUACGAAGAGGAGGGUCUGGUGCCUUUUGUCGUGGAUGCAGUUUACGCCAUGGCACACGGUGUUCAUAAUGUUAUCGAGGAGGAAUGCGUAAAUAAUUUGGGCACGUCGCAUUAUCUUUGCGAGUCGCUUGUACCAGCACCGGACGGUCCACUUCUCCUCCGAUACAUUCGCAAUGUCAGUUUCGUCGGUCGCCAAAAUAUCGAGAUUAAGUUUAACACCGACGGGGACGCCUACGGAUUUUAUAACAUCUAUCAAUAUCAAAGGAAGGACGAGGGUCGCUUCGAUUACACCCUCAUCGGCACGUGGAAGGAAGAGCUCUCUCUGGACAUCAAUAUGACACGAUGGGCGACCGGAGUCGGCGAGCUUCACAUUCCACGUAGUAUGUGCAGCGAUAACUGCCCGAUGGGACACGUCCGCAAUUUUGUAGAACCCUGCUGUUGGAGUUGCGUCGCCUGCCGGGAGGACGCAUACGCAUACAACGACACGUGCAAGAACUGCAAUCCCGGGUAUGCACCGAAUUCCGCAAUGACAGGCUGCGUUAAGCUUACCGCCGAGGUCAUACCUUGGACGAGUCCUUGGGCGCUGGUGCCGCUGAUAUUCGCAUCCAUCGGUAUUCUCAGCACCCUCUUCACCACCAUCGUCUUCAUGCGAUUCAAUCGUACUCCGGUGAUUAUGGCAUCGGGACGCGAGCUAUGUUACGUUUUGUUGGUGGGAAUUCUCUCCUGCUACGGCAUGAGCUUCAUCAUACUGAGCAAGCCGACCACGUGGAAUUGCACAUAUCUCAGGAUCGGCCUCGGUCUCUGUCUCAGUAUAUGCUAUAGCGCGAUCCUCACGAAAACCAAUCGUAUAUCGCGGAUAUUCAACCAGGGCACGAAGAAGAUCAAGAGGCUCUCCUACACAUCGCCCAAGAGCCAAGUGGUAAUCGCUAUCGGAUAG